CAAAACCCUUCUAACCUGCUAUUCUUUUGUAUUUUUAGUAUACAAAAACUGCUUGUGUUAAUGUAAAGUAUUAUUUGUUGCAAACGUACAUUUGUUUGUCUCGUGGAUGCUGAUAGAUUUGGUACCUGGAAUUUAACUCUGAGCGAGUGGUCUGUAGCUUUUGCUCCUUGUGAGGGAACAACCUUAGAUUCCCAUCAUCUCCCCUCGAUUUGACAUCUCUGAUGGCCGAACCGUGCAGUUGAUUGUAUCGGUGAACUCGGCGGCUGAUGUUGGACGCCAUUAGAAAGCAUUAACACACACCAUGAGGCCCACCGUGGAUGCUAGCGUCGGUCAGCAGCUCACAGGGUCACCGUUACUCUUAAUGUUUGACUCACAAACUCCGACUUCAACCUCUGAUGCUCUGUUUUGAAGUCCUCGGUGUCCUGCUAGGUUGCUGAGAGAAGGAGAAAUCCACUCAGGUGACCAUGGCUCCACACCAGGUCGUCCAGGCCAUCAUCGAUCUCUCUGCAGGAGCAGUUGGAGGGGCUGCCUGUGUCUUUAGCGGUCAGCCUCUGGACACAGCGAAGGUAAAGAUGCAGACCUUUCCCACUCUGUACCGGGGUUUCGUCCACUGCGUCGUCUCCACCUACAAACAAGAUGGCGUGCGUGGGCUGUACCAGGGCACCAUCCCAGCGCUGGUGGCCAACAUCGCAGAGAACUCUGUGCUGUUCAUGAGCUACGGCUUCUGCCAGCAGGUCAUCCGCUUUGCAGCUGGACUGCACCACGACGCUGUGCUGAGCAACUUGCAGAAAGCCUGUGCUGGUUCUGUGGCUUCUAUCUUCUCCUCACUCGCCCUCUGCCCCACUGAGCUGGUCAAGUGUCGGCUACAAGCCAUGUAUGAGAUGGAAAUGUCUGGAAGGAUUGCCAAAAGCAACAACUCGGUGUGGUCGGUGGUGAAGUCCAUUAUGAGGAACGAGGGUCCGCAGGGCUUCUUCCAGGGACUGACCACCACUAUAGCCAGAGAGGUUCCCGGGUACUUCUGCUUCUUUGGCGCCUACGAACUCUGCAGGACUGGAUUCGCAGACUACAUGGAAUGUGAAAAAGAUGAUAUAGGCGUGGCUCCGAUCGUACUCAGCGGCGGCAUCGCAGGCGCGUGCCUUUGGUUGGUGGUCUACCCCAUGGACUGCGUCAAAUCUCGGAUUCAGGUCAUGUCCAUGACGGGGAAGCAGGCGGGGUUUUUCAAAACCUUCAUGACCAUCGCUCGCUCUGAAGGAGUGAGGGCGCUGUACUCCGGCCUCACCCCCACCAUCGUGCGCUGCUUCCCCUCUAACGGAGCGCUGUUCCUGGGUUACGAGGUCAGCAGGAAGCUGAUGAUGAAGCAGUUCGACAACUGAGCUGCUCCGUCAAACUGCCACACUCCCACACUUGCACUGCCCACAAACCAGCUGUGAGACAGUGUUUACAAGUAUCCUUAUCUGGAUGGUCAGUGUUUUAAAAUGUUAUAACUGGGUUUCUGGAGUGCUGUACUGAACAUGUGACUGAGGAAAAGGCGUGCAGUGAAGUUCUGAAGCUAUGAACACUCAAGCUGGUAGUAUCUCUCCUACCUCAACAACAUGGUGUCCGCACAACUUUCUGCCAGAAGACACAUGAGUGUGAGGAAGGCUCCGUUAGACGGUGCGGUUUACUUUAUUGAAUUAACUCCUGUUUUCAAGCUUAACAUUAAGAUCACAUAUGAAAAAGGUGAUCAUAAUGUUAAGAUCAUUAAAAAAGUGUCAUAUUAAUUGAUGUAACAUGUAGUACAAUGACUGUGUUUUUAUUUAAACAGACUUUCCCAGUCUGCAGAAAGCUGGAAUUUGAUUUCAUUUAUUUCCCAUGUCUCCAUAUGAAAAAGACUAUGAUCACAGAUUAAUAUUUCUGUUUUUUAUAGUUUUUAACCCAUAAGCCUUGAAAUGCUUUCCUUUCCUCAUCCUUGCCUCCUUCCUUUGGUGUUUACUUUCUCCCUUUUCUUUCUGACUUUUCUUUAAGUUUCCUGUUCUUUUUGUCUUUCCUUCUUUCUGAUAUCCCAUCCUUGUCACAAAUCCCUUCUUUCUUUUUCCUUUCUUUCAUUACUUUUUCUCAUUUCCUCCCUUCCAUUCUAUUGUUCUCUGCCAAAUGUAGAUGUCUGCCAUGAAUCCAAAGUGAACAUUAAUACUUUAUGUUCUGAUUUUAGCACUAAGCACAGGUUGACUGUUCAAAGAGUGGAUUAUUUUUUUCCCAUGAGAAAUAUGCAGGAACCUUGUUUAAAGAACCUCUUCCUGGUAUUAAGGAACCUUAAUGUUUUCAUGCCAAUAAACCUCCUCAAGCCUUUUUUCUGUACAUUUUAAAAACAGGAGAAAUCUUGCUUUCAUCUGUUUUCAUCUGUACUUUUUAGGUGCUUUUAAACCUCCUGAGAUUCUAUUAAAAACACCCAGAAAACGAUUCAUUUCCAAUACUUUUUUUUCCACGCUGGUUUUGUUCUUUUAUUUCGCUCCUGCUGUUCACUUCUCCCCUGUGUUGUUUUUUGUUAUGUAGAAGAAAAUCAUUAACAUAUCAGCUGCCUUGUUACUUGCUCUUUGAGCCUGAUUCCAUGUUCUGUGUUUUUAUUUGUUGAAUACAUUUUAUGGUUUUGCAUUAAAAUGCAUUAAAUACAUGAAUUUAAAAAAAAAAGAUCUUGGGGGUUUUC